AGGGACAUAGCAUUGCCCCUACCAAUAUGUUACCCAUUGCCAUCUAUCUCUGCUGAAAAGAUUCACUUCACGGCGGACACAGGCGGCAAAGAGUCUUCCUUCUACCUCCUCUAAUUAUUCUUCACCUCCCUCUAUCCGAAACAGACUAUCUGUCAUCUCAUAACAAGAGGAAAGGAAAGAAAAACACACAUAAAAGAUAUGUCAGAGGAACAAGGAAUUGUAGUUCCGAGAAUAAAACUGGGUAAUCAAGGAUUUGAGGUCUCAGAGUUAGGCUUCGGAUGUGGGGGGCUUAGUGGUAUGUACAAUGCUCCUGUCUCUGACGAGGUUGGCUUUUCAAUCAUCAAGGAAGCAUUUAAUAGAGGAAUUACAUUUUUUGACACGGCUGACGCUUAUGGACCUCACACUAAUGAGGUCUUGGUUGGGAAGGCACUAAAGCAAUUGCCUAGAGAAAAGAUCCAGUUGGCUACGAAAUUCGGUAUUGUUGUCAACAAAACUGAUUUUGGAAAUGCUUCAGUUAAUGGUAAACCAGAAUAUGUUCGUGCAUGCUGUGAGGCUAGCCUAAAGCGUCUGGAUGUGGAAUAUAUUGAUCUCUACUAUCAACAUCGUAUUGACACUUCAGUACCAAUAGAGGAAACUAUGGGAGAGCUUAAGAAGCUAGUGGAAGAAGGAAAAAUUAAGUACAUUGGAUUAUCUGAAGCAAGUCCUGACACAAUAAGGAGAGCACAUGCAAUUCAUCCCAUCACUGCAGUACAGAUGGAAUGGUCACUCUGGACUCGUGACAUUGAAGAAGAAGUAAUCCCACUUUGCAGGGAACUUGGAAUUGCAGUAGUGGCAUAUAGCCCUCUUGGUCGAGGCUUUUUUGGCGGAAGAGCAGUUGUGGAAAGUUUGCCUUCAGAUACUAUACUGAAAUCACAUCCAAGGUUCACAGAAGAAAAUAUUGAAAAGAACAAGGUAUUUUACACUCGAGUAGAAAAUCUGGCUAAAAGAUAUGGAUGUACUCCUGCUCAGCUUGCCCUGGCUUGGGUUCUUAAUCAAGGGGACGAUGUGGUUCCCAUCCCUGGGACAACGAAGGUGAAAAAUCUGAUAGACAAUAUUGAAGCAUUGAGAAUCAAGCUAACGGAAGAUGAGCUAAAGGAGAUCUCUGAUGCUGUCCCAAUCAAUGAAGUUGCUGGAAUUAGAUCUUUCAACUAUAAGCAGACCUUUAAGUUUGCUAAUACACCACUACCUAAAAAUGCCUACCAGACCUUAUAAAAUUCUUUUCUCUUUCACAUCUAUCUUGCAUGAUGAACACGAGCUAUGUUUUUUUUGUUUUUAAUACAACAAGAAUUAUUAUUUAUUA